UAGAUAGGAAAGUGAUUGCAAGCGCCCUGGUGUCCCUUUUCUCUGAUUCCCCGAUGACUGAUGGACGAAGAUUACUUUCAAAAUGCUCGCAUGAUUGUCCCAAUGCAUUACAUCAGAUAAAAGCAUGGACACGUAACUACUCUUACAAAAUAUCGCAGGAGAGUUUCAUUUACACGCAAAAAGCGCCGCACAAGCAAAUCUCACGUCCUGUGAGAUUGCCCUUUGAUAUCUUAAUAACAAACUGGUGAUAGAUAUAAGGUUAGCAAUUCAAAGUCCCAUUCUCUAGAUACAGCAUUAGGAUCUGUUGUGCAGUGCUAAUUCAGUAAUUUCAGCAAUGGAGUCUGAAGAUGGUGACGGUUUGAUUGCCGCCGAAGAUAUCCUUGGAACAGAGGAUUCGCCAGGGUUGGCUCUUGAUGGAAAUGAAGAAGUUGGCGAAAAAGAAACAGCUAGUGGUUCUAUCACUGGCUCUAAAAGCGACAAACUCCGCAAAAGGGCUGCUCACCAACUAAACGAAAAGAUUGUCUGCUCUAAAAAAGGUUUAUCAGAAUUAGCAAAAAUGUUUGAAGGCGUCGAGUUUAAGAGUGGCAAAGAAGAGCAAAACUUGAAGAAACUUUUGGAAUAUUUUGAGUACUGGGCGCAUCAGCUGUACCCAAGGUACUCUUUUGAAGAUGUGGUGGAGAAAGUUGAAGCUCUUGGAUCAAAAAAGGUAGUAAAACAACAUGCACAUUCUGUGAAAACCGGGGAAGCUGCAAAACUGGAAUACGAAGAGGGUUUAGAUGUGGUGUCAACAGAUGCAACAGCCAACAUAGAAACAGACGUUUUAUGUAAGGGUGGUGAUUUAGAGCAAAAAUAUUUUUAAUGCAACGAGAUAAAUAUCAAGAAUUACAUAAAACAAAAUAUCAUUAUUUGAAAAUUAGCUCAGCUGGCUAGUUUUAAGGCAGUGAAGUUCCAAUGAACAAGUAUGCUUAAAUUCCUGAUGUAAAGAUUAAUAAUAUAAGAUUGGCUUACAUAAAAAUGACUUAAAAGUGAUCAUGUUAGGUUGGUGAUGAAUCUUGUGUUUGAUUACCAACUUUAUCUACCAUCGCAAUACAACUAACUAAGGAAUGAUUGCACUGCAGUUGUCAAAUGCAAGUUACAAUGGUAAGUAUAUACUUAGAAAACCAUAAAGUGGUUCAAAUUGCUAAAUGUUUUGUGUGAUGGGAAAAACUCAUGAGCAGAUAAAAAGAUAUAAAAACAUUAAAUACACAUAAAAAAUUAGAGACAAAAUAUGGAUCGUCUUUUUAAUGUUAUCAAGUCAUAUGUCCUUGCUUGACCCAACUGAUACCAUAUUGAAUAUUGAAUUUUUGAGCAGUCUGACUAAACUUUAAUUAACCAGUGUCUAAGAGAAUUCAAUUUGCAAUGCUCUACAUAACAAUCUUGAAGAGUAAUGAAGUCAGAUUUCCAUUCAAUAUAAUAUAAUAAAGCCCUGAAAUAUUCCAACAUUGAUAUUCAACACACUCUUGCUUUUAAUGGACAUGACCUGAGCGAAGGCUCAGAUGAAAAUCUUGUUUCAUAUGGCAUAUUAUUGAAGUGUUGGACCUUAUACUUCAAAACUAACAAAAGAUAGCACUGUUCUAUGCACCAAAGCCAUUCUAAAGAACAUU